CCGUUAUUGCUGAAGCGAAAAACCAGAAGACAAGACUUGUACUGCUUGACUGUUAGAGCUGUUGCUGGGGUACCAGAUACCACAGAAUCAUUUUGAAGAGCGAUCGAGGUCAUGCAGAAGAGCUUUGUUUGCUGGAUUAUCUCAUUGUUCUGACAGAAAUGUUAACUGUGUGGAUCCCAAAUGAUUAAAGUCAUGUUUUGAGACGUUUGUUUCCAUCAUGCCUGUUGGAGAUGCCGAUCCAGGCCGGGGCCAUGGCAAAAGGUUGCCCUGGGUGUUUGUGGUCCUGAUUCUUGCUGUCGUCACCUCUUCUUCACUCUCUGUUCUUUCCCUGUAUCAUGUUCUUGCCCUGCAGGCCGAGGUAGAGGGUCUGAGGGCCGAGGUGGUCCGCAAGAGAGAGGAACAAAGCGGGAAACUAGAAGAUCCUGUUGAGGAGCCAGACAAACAAGCCCAGCAGCAGAAACAACAGGAGGGUAAAGACAGAAUUGAGUGUCUGCAGCAAGCUGAGAUGGAGGACGUGGCAAAAAGAAGUCUUAGUCAAGUCUCGGACAGAACAGCCUUUCAGCCCUUCUUACAGAUGAUGGCAGACAGCAGGAGGAAAACCUACCAAAAGGAGUUUGAAUUAGAAAUAUGCACUGCGGUUCCGUGGCAGACGGGCCUAAAGCGAGGCUCUGCUCUGGAGGAAGAACAUGGGACCAUAUUAAUCAAAUCGGAAGGAUUCUUCUUCAUCUAUAGUCAGCUCUCCUUUUCCCAGGUGUACUACAUAGACUCAACGUUCGCCAUGGGCCACAUUGUGAUUCGUACAAAGAUGAAUGUUGUUGGUGAUGAGAGUCAGCGAGUGGUCCUGUUUCGCUGUAUUCAGAGCAUGAAUCCGGUCAAUCACUUCAACACCUGCUACACUGCAGGUGUAGUGAAGCUGGACUCUGGGGACAAACUGGAGCUUCUUAUACCCCGUACCCAAGCAAAUAUUUCUCUGGAUGGGGAUUCCACCUUCUUUGGAGCGAUCAAACUUGCCUGAUACAGGGCAGAACUUCACGAUGAUCAGUGAUUCUGGAUGUGCUCUGUUCUGCUGGUCAUAUGACAUUGACUUUACAGUAUGUUAUGAAUAGUGAUGGAAUAUGUAUUCUUUACAUGCGCUUUGGUUAACACCUCCACUUUUAGUAGACGUGAUAAUGACAUGAACGGAUGUGUGACAUUAACACACUCUGUUUUGUUUUCUUGUUAUGCUUGUGCCGUUUUCCUCACAUGUUUUAUGACUCAGACAUACUAAACAUUACAGUCAAAUCAAACUCGAUACAUACAAUAUAUAUAUACUGUAAUUCACAAUAACACAAUAAUUCAUGACAACAUAAUAAAAACAUGCUUUUUGAUUUUUUUAAAUAGAGUUAUCUGAUUUUGCAAAUAAACUCCUCAUUUAAUCUUC